AAUUGAAACAAAAAUGGUGAAGGAAGAAAAUAAGUAUCAGAAGUCGAGGUCUUUCAAUUUUAGGAAGAUACUUGAGCUUCCAAGUAAAUUGGCACAUAGCAUUGGAGGGGAGAGUAGUAGUGAUGACGAAGAGGAGAUCGGAGGAGGAGGAGGAGGAAUAAUACCUUUACAAAAUCAACAGAUAGAUAGUACUGCUUUUGAUCCAUCACUUGUUUCAACCUUGACGACCAAGGUACCAAAAGCCAAACCUUCAGACAUGGAGUUGAUGAAAGAAAGGUUUUCAAAGAUGCUUUUAGGAGAGGAUAUGUCAGGAGGAGGCAAAGGUGUUUCAUCAGCUCUCGCUUUAUCAAAUGCCAUUACCAAUCUAGCUGCUUCUAUUUUUGGAGAACAAUCAAAAUUGGAGCCCAUGUCUCAAAAGAGAAAAGAGAGAUGGAGAAAAGAAAUCGACUGGCUUUUAUCUGUGACAGAUUACAUUGUUGAGUUUGUCCCUGGACAACAAAAAUCAAAAGAUGGAACAAACAUGGAGAUAAUGAUUACUCAACAAAGAAAAGAUCUGCUCAUGAACAUCCCUGCUCUAAAGAAGCUCGAUGCAAUGCUCAUUGAUUGCUUAGAUAAUUUCAAAGACGCAAAAGAAUUUUGGUAUAUCUCAAAAGAUGCUGAUGAUUCUGAAAAAGGUGUCCAGAGAAGUGAUAAGUGGUGGCUACCUACCAUCAAGGUUCCACCCGAGGGCCUCUCAGAUGAAUCGAGAAGAUGGCUACAAUAUCAGAAGGAUUGUGUGAACCAAGUACUCAAAGCAUCUAUGGCGAUUAAUGCCCAAAUACUAGCAGAAAUGGAAGUCCCUGAAAACUACAUCGACUCUCUCCCCAAGAAUGGUAGAUCAAGUCUUGGUGAUUCAAUCUACAAGAACAUCACGGUUGAGUUUUUUGAUCCAGAACAAUUCCUUUCAACAAUGGACAUGUCAUCGGAACACAAAGUUGUUAACUUGAAAGACAGAAUUGAAGCAUCUAUUGUGAUUUGGAAGAGAAAGAUGCACCAAAAAGAUGCAAAAUCUUCGUGGGUUCCAGCUGUGAGUUUGGAGAAGAGGGAGCUGUUUGAAGAGAGAGCAGAGACUAUCUUACUCUUGAUAAAACACAGAUUUCCUGAAAUCCCUCAAUCUUCCCUUGAGAUAAGUAAAAUUCAAUAUAACAGAGAUGUGGGACAUUCUGUUCUAGAGAGCUAUUCAAGAGUACUAGAGAGUCUAGCCAACACAGUCACAUCACGCAUCGAGGAUGUCCUAUACGCAGAUUCUGUCGCACAAGAUCCAUCACUUGCAAUAGCAAAGUGGAACCGUUCAGCUGAUUCAUCACCUCAAAAACCACAAAGUGUUGUGUCCACUCCUAAACAAGAGUCGGAUUGUACAGCAGAAACACCUACCUCAAUGACUUUAUUUGACUUCAUGGGCUGGAAUAUGGAACAAGGAGAGGCAGACAUAAAUAAGACUAACUUGGAGGCUCUUCCCCAAACAUGAG